AUGGCAGACUCAGACAGCCGCCAACUGGCCAAAGAGCUGGUACAGGAGAUUGCAACGAAGUACGGAUAUCUCGAGGAAGAGACUCUGCAGCACGUCACCAAUCCGGAGGCACGCCGCAAGAUUGAAGAUGCUUUUCGUACCAAAAAUCUGUACUCGAGCAAGACCCGAUUCAUAUUUGAGCUCCUCCAGAACGCCGACGACAAUCAAUACAAUAGAGCUUCAGCAUCAGGCUCCGUUCCAUUUGUCUCCUUCCGCAUUUUCCCCAGUCAGAUUGUCAUCGAAUGCAAUGAGGAUGGUUUCACCCACGAAAAUAUAAAAGCGAUUUGCUCGGUCGGAGAAAGCUCGAAAACAGGAGCCCAGGGCUAUAUUGGCGAAAAGGGCAUCGGGUUCAAAUCUGUCUUCAUGGUCGCGUGGAAAGCACACAUCCAGUCAGAAGCCUUCUCAUUCAGUUUCAGACACAAGAAGGGAGAGUCUGGGAUGGGCAUGAUCACUCCGGUAUGGGAGGAGACUGAUGAAGUCUUGGAAUCACCAUUGACAAGAAUCACUCUCCAUCUCCUCAACACUGAAACCAGCAAUGGGGUGGCCGAAACAAGAGAGAUGAUCCGGGCACAUUUCGACGAGCUCCAAGAGACUGUGCUCUUGUUCUUGAAGAACAUUCGAAGAAUCCAUGUCGUCUUUUAUGACGAUAACGGACAACAGAUAACUUCCGUCACACAUGCGCACACUGAACCCCGGCCAGGUCGGGCUAAGCUGGAAAGUGUCUGUGUCACGAAUGGACAACCACAGAAGCAAAUCAAGCACUUUCACGUCACGCGCGUGAAGGCGACGAACCUCGAGAAAAACGACAACAGAACCUACACGGAGGCAGAAGAGGCAGCCAAGGCUUACUCUGUUUCGGAAGUAGUGGUCGCAUUCCCGCUUUCAGAGGCAUCAGUUCCUAUUCUUGAACCCCAAGACGUUUUUGCCUUCCUCCCGGUGAGGCCAGCUGGGUUCAACUUCAUAAUCCAAGCCGACUUUGUCACCAAUGCAAAUCGACAAGACAUUUUGAAAGAUUCUCUCCGUAAUCUCCUUCUGCUCCAUGCUGUUGGCGAAGCAGUUGUUACCGCCGCUGUCGAGUUUCAGGCACAUGAUACACUGCGAUAUCGAUGGGUUGGGUUUCUACCAGAUCGGAGCCGCAUUUGGGAUAGUUUUUGGAUUACCUUGCUUUGGGAGAUUGAUGUGCGUCUGGCAUUGAAGCCUGUGUUUUAUGAUCACAAAAGCUUCGUUCCCAGAAAAGUAAAUGAUCUCGUCCGUCUGUUGCCUGUAUGCGCCGACGAGCACGGAAACCCACUGUUCGACGACGGCAAUCCAGCACAGGUCAUUUCACGACAAUACAGCCGAGCUGAUCUUCGCCUCCUCGAAGGUUACGGACUGAGAAAAGUAGAUUAUCCGCGAGCCCUUGAAUGGCUAACAGCAGAUUUGAGAAAUGCGAAGUCAUCUCGAAUGAAGUCGCUAGAUACCUCGAAGAGCUGGCACGAACGAGCAGCGAAGUUGCUGAAUGCAGCUUUUGUCGGCAAGAUGCAUCGAACCACUGCUUGCCUUAUUAAGUUAGACUUGAUUCCUCUUGCGGAUGGAACGUGGGCAUCUACUUCUUCGGGGCCAAUUUAUUUCGCCCAGGCCGAUGGCUUGAACGUCCCCCCUGACGUCGGGCUGAGAGUUGUUUCGAGGACAGUGACGGAUCGCCAGAGGAUUCUGCUUUUUGAGUUCUUGGGUGUCACUACUGCUGAAACACAACUAGUGCGUCGGCAUAUUCUGCAGGUUUAUGAGAGAGGCACGCGACCAGAAUUCACCAUUGAGGCCUCCAAGGACCAUCUCAAGUUCCUCUAUAUGACUGAGAAUCUGGCUUUAAAAAAUGAUCCAUACGAGUUCAUAGCUAUCUUCAACCAUCUUGGCGAGUGUCAGAGGCCAAACCAGCAGGCUAUGUACUUGGCGAACAAUGACCCCCACGGCGCUAUGGAAGUUUUCAAACCGACAAGUCCGGGCCCAAACCCCGGAGACGGCGCACUCGGUUACAAUGUUGUUUUCGUCAACAGAGAGUACUUUGAGGACGAACCGUCAGCUCCAAAGGGCCAGAAGGGGUCGUGGCGUGCCUGGUUUAGCGAAAGACUUGGGGUCAGGGCAUACAUUGACAUCCAGAUGAUCUCCAGCCUAUUUUCCUCGGUCAUUCAUCUGUCAGAUGAAUCGCGGUACAUUCAAUUGAGCAGACCAGACAAGUUCAUGGCUUGUGUUGUUCAGUGGUAUAACCACUCGCCAUCCCUGCAACUUAAGGAGGGCGAAAUUCGCUGCCUCCAGUCUUCGACGGCUAUGUGUCGAGGCGGCAAGCGUAUGGUGCCUCUUAGAGAAACUUACUUUCCAACUCAGAGACUGACAGAACGCGUGGCACGUUUCAUCGGCCCGGACGCCUUUUUCCCUUGGCUAUGGCUUGAAAACCAGGAAGUCUUCGAGGCUAUCCCGCCGGAAUGGAAGACUCUGCUAUCAAAGCUCUCUGUGGGGCAGCCCGUCAACGAUCUGGGGUUUUCUCUGGUCAUACUCAAUCGUUUUAUAGAUGCUUACGCAGAUUCUAUGGACGCCACAAGGAUUAGCCGAUUAUUUGAAUUGUAUCAACACAUCCACAUCCAGUAUCAGGAAAGUGACAAUCGAGUCGCUGCUGCAGAGAUAAUCAGGAAUGCGUUUCAAACAAGGAGAUGCAUCUUCGUUCCACGGGAUGAGCAUCACAAAUGGGCUCUGCCAGACGAAUGUAUCUGGACGGCACCGCAUGACACGAGGACUAAAUUCGCUCUGGAGCGGCUUUACCAACCUUGGUUCAGGACGAACGGCACGAAUAACAACUCCACCUAUCUGAACCUGUUCAGAAGCAUGAUCGGCAUCGAGGAUUGCACAUGGGCAAUUUUGAUCGAGGAGCUGAAGGAGCUCAAGGCCUCGAGAUGCGACGACACAGACCAAAUCGGGACGAUUUACAAAGCUUUGAAUGCUUUGUGCCGUGACCCUUCGGUGGUUCAAAAUGAUCAGUCAAAGUCGAUUUUCGAGGACGAAGCUCUGAUACACCUCCCAGUAGACAGUGGGCCAUCAUGGCAUAGACCAUCUGAGUGUCUGUGGUCAAAUUCAACGAAGUUGAGCGGAAGAGUCUCCCUCAACGAAGAAUUCGAAGAUCUGGAGGUUUUCUUCAUCGACUUCCUGGGUGUCAAACCACUGGAUCUCUCGAUGGCCAUCGACGACUUAAAAAACGUGGCAACGAGGGCGUCGGCAACGUCUUCAGAAAUCAAGGAUUUGAUAUGGGCCGUCAACUCCUUACUUCCCGCCGUGCAAAAGCCUCCAAGCCCUCGAGAUGUAUUGAAGACUAAGAUCUUCCCCAUCGCGUACCCCAACGGCAGAGUCACGGUUAGAACUGCAACAACUGGAUUUUGCAUCAUCGACCGCGAAUCUCUGAAAUACUCAUUCAGAAACAAGGUGAAUUUUCUCGACUUCACACUCGAACAAGUUGCUCGAUUGCGUCCGUUUCUUGAAUGGACGCACUUGGAGGAUAGAUAUCUUUCGCGUUGCGUCAAGGAGAUUACCUCCUUCCAUGGCGGACCAGCAACUCCGAUGACAAAUCCGCAGCGACAAAUUCGAAAUCGGGCCCAUGAGCUUCUCAGAGUUGCGGCACACUUCGACAGCCCUCGUUCACAAAACAGUCGAGACAUGAACUCCCUUUACGAUAUUCUACGGUCAGCACGAAUUUAUGAAACUGAUGGAAUCUCUUCAGAUCUGUGUCUCGUGCAAGGCGAGACUUCUUUUACGGUCGAGGGAGAAAAGUCAAGCCUGCACAUUGAUGAAACUCAAUCUGGUCUCAAGAUAUAUGUGCCACGAAACAGAGAUCAUCAGGAGUAUAUGUUCACCAACCUUUUGCCAGACAAGCUUCUCGACUACUACGCGUUGAUGGAACCUUGGAGCGGUCGAGAGACCUCCGACAUAGUGUACGAAGACGUCAGUAAGCAGCUGACGUCCCUGUUCGUUCGCCAAGGCUACCUCGAGACCCGGUGGCUCUCGCGACCUCGUGGCCCCAAGUACUUCAUAGAAGUCAAGACGACAACCAUGUCUUGCGAAACAGCGUUUUACAUGAGCAAAGCCCAGUAUCAAAGAAUGAGAAACAAUCUUGUUACAGACGAUAGCGACACAGUGUAUGUCAUUUUCCGGGUUUACAAUCUCGGGCAAAAGGACAUAGGUCUUAAGGUCUAUGUUGACCCAGAGACACUGAGGCUGGCUGGACGUUUGAAAUUCACAGGAGAGACAUGGUCAGUUGUUCCUGGCUAA